AUGGCCGCCCUAACCACUAUUCCGAAUACUCCCCUCUCUCAUAUACCUGUCAACGAUGAAGAUACCAACACAAUUGAGGAAAAGAGGCUGCCGGGCGGGGCAUGCAAUUACACAAAUUUGAGCGCUGGCGGGGGAGGACCUGCACCCCGGUGUGGAUGUAGGAGGUUUUGGGACAAAUCAUUGGGGUAUGCGGAUGGGAAAGGUUCCUCCGUCAAGUCAGGAUUCUGCAUGUGUGAGCAUCAUGCUUGUUUCCACGACCAUGAAUCGGUAGGAGCAUACAAAGGGAAGGCAUCAAGCGAUGGAGUGUCUUUCGAGGGUAUAUCAACUGCGAAGUUACCAUCAACCCCUCAACAAGCGCACAAGGUGGGUCUGCCAGAGAUAGACCCUAUUCUGGAUAGGAGUGAUAGCAGACAGUCUCUACGGAAUUCCACGAUCCCAGAUACGCUCCAAUGGAGUCGAUACAUACAUUCUGGCUCGCCUGAAGGUAUGCCGCCGAUUCCAUCGCAAUGUCUACUUCCAUCCGAUAAUGGUUCUGGGACCUCCGGUAGCCAAUCAAGGUACCAUCGACCCUUUGGCGGACUAGGACUUGGAACGUUGAGCCACAUCACGAAGCCUGUUCCUGGCAAGGCCCCUGAGUCAAGGACCGGUGAGCAAGUACAAGAUAAUCCUCGAGCUUUGCAACUUUAUGAAGAUGUAAAUGGAAAUCAAUAUGUGCAGAGCGUUACGGAAGUUGCAACACCGAGUGUGUGUCAUUCCCAGGACCAAGAUCUUUCAAGAGUGAGUAAGGUUCAUGAAACCAUCAAGGAUACUCUAGAGAGAAUUGUUGAAGAGGCUCCUGAAGUAUCUUCCCGACCUUUCGUUAAAGCGUCCGGCUCCCAGUCUCAACUGAAGCAUCGAAAUUCAUAUCCCGGAAUGGACUCAGCGACAGUGGACAAUGAACCUGAUAAUCAACUAGCUCCUAAGCUUCGAAACAUCGUGAAUCACUUUUCUAAUUAUCCAAACGCCGUCAAGGAUCAUGAACGACGCUUGGAACUGCUAGAGAACAGCUCAUUCUCCAACCCUGGCGCUGAGGUUUGUUAUGAAGUUAUGGAUGUUCGAGUCAUCGAACUUGAAGCCAGGAUGAGGGAAUUAGAGGAUGCACAGGCUGUCCAGAACGAUGCCAGUAGCGUCAGAAGUCGACACCAUGUGGCGAGUUCCAUCGAUUCCAGAAUAUCCACAACCUCAUCGGCGAUGAUCGCCGCCGCCAUGGACCAGAUGGGUUGUUCGCGAAUCGAGGCUGUGGAAGCACGAGUUGCAGAGUUGGAAGCUUCAUCCCUCCCAUCUCGUACACGCCCAUGGGACGUCGAGGUCGUCUUCCUUCCCUUCGGACCGGAGUUGAUGGGUGUCUGGUCAUCCCAAUUUGGCACGAGUCAACGAUCGAGAGGUAACAGCAUGGUCGCCGAUGAUUGGACACAGACUCAAAGCAUCUCCAUGGAUGCAGCUCAAGCUUGUCUCGCCGUUCGGAACGGGAGAUCAGCAUGGGAAAGGUCAGCCUCGAAUCUUGCAGCCGAUGAAGACUGCAUCUGGCAAAUGGCUAGGGGCUGUGGUCGUCAAAGUAAAGUCGAUGAACGACUUCGAAGCAGAGGACUAGUCAAAGUGGUUCAGAUAAAUGGCCCUACUGCGAGAGAUGUCCAAACUGCUAUAAUGGCCGCCUUUGGCGACCUGCCGGGGACACUCCUCGAAGAUCCUUUUACGGAGCACGAGAACAGUGGAACAAUACCCGACUCUUUACGAAAAUAUAUUGGUCUACAAGCUGCUUGGAUUCCGCUACGGAAGCUUCAUAAGGAUUCUUGUCUUCGUUUUCUCAGCACCUCAGAAAUGAUUACUCCCGCUCUAUGGACUGUACAAUUCCUUAACUCAAGUGUCGCCAUGCGUACAUCUGGAACGAGACGCCUAUAUGUCACUCAACGGGACAGCUACAUUCAGCACCUCGGCAGUGAUACUGCAGACUGGACUUGGCAAAAAUUGCGACAACUACCUCGAGUCUAUCCCGAUGAGCAUAAUGUUAAUCAUACACCGGAGGCAGACGCACACGAACCUUGCUGGGAGUUCGAUCAACGCCUAGAUCCAUUACCUCAAAGCAUCCACUCAUCUUUCGCAUCCCAGAUCUCGUCCUUAAGCAUCCGCUCAGUUGCCCCCGAGGAAGAACCUGAACCGGAGCCAGCAUCGCCUUCUGAUCACUUUUCUUCCGCGGAAGCCUCUCGCAAUGCAUCGACAACACCUACCUCUAUCGCACCUCCUUCAGGACGCUGUUUUUCUCCUCUGAAACAACGCACUUUGCUCAGACCCAUUCAUGCCCGCACGACUUCCAUGCCGACGCUUAUCCCCACGAAAUCCUCGCCUUCGCAAACAAGCAAGCGCCGAAUUGCCUCCUUUGAUGUCGAAACUCAAUCAUCACCAACCCACGCUACUUCAUCAUCAGCAAUGAACCUGACUCUCAAACGCCGUCGUAUCUCUCGCUCACCGAGUCGGCCACGUGAUACUCCUCGCUGGAGUGUGGGUCCACCCAGUCCUUACACGUUUGACGAAAUUGCAGAGGCCAACAAAAGGGGUACAACGCCUUUCGCCUAUGCAACUCCACAUAGCAAUGCACCAUAUGUCGAUACGCGGCCACGAGAUGAUGCAGAUAUUGAUAUAUAUCAAGACGAAGACGAAGACGAUCAAGAUGGCCAAGAUCUGGGAAGCGCAACCGAUGAGUUCAAUCUCGAGGCUGAAGAGAGCCAAGGCUGGGAGCGGAACGCUUUAAGCGAUUACGAACCCGAAUCCGAAGAUGACGCUGAAGCAAACCAGUUGGACGAUGAGUGGGAGGGUGUGCAGGAUGCUGAUGAAAGCGUGGUCUAUGAGUCAAUUCACACUGGCAAGACUAGCCUCAGGCAGCCGACAGACGAGGACGAGGACGAAGAUGCUCUGAGCGAUGCACCUUCCGAGUAUCCGAGCACGCAACAAGGUUUGUACGCAGGGUCGAAGAAGGAAUUCAAAAUUCAUGUUGAUGAGGAGGUCGAUGUAGCUGUUUAG